AUGCCGACAUUCUGUGGUUGCUGUUUUCUCAUGGACCAAAAGUGGCAGUAUCUGCCUCAAGUUGCCCUGGAAGCCCAUGCAACAAUCUUAUCCUCUGCUGCACGAACGACUCUUACCCAGACAUUCACGAAUCCAUCAAACCAGGUCCUUCAAGAGGUUUCUUACAAGUUUCCUCUUUACGAUGGCGUUAGUGUUGUCGGUUUUCAGUGUCAGGUCGGCAACCGCCUCCUCCAUAGCAAAGUGAAGUCAAAGGCGCAGGCCAGCGCUGAUUACGACCAUGCCGUGGCAAAUAGGCAGUCGGCAGCUAUCAUGGAGCACGCGACCCAAGAGAACGAUGUAUUCGUCAUUCGAAUCGGUAAUGUGCAUGCCAACGAGAUAAUCACCGUUGACAUUACCUUCAUUGGCGAACUCAAGCAAGAUGCUCAAAACGAUGCAGUUCGCUACACACUACCCAAUUCUAUCGCACCUCGUUACUCAAAUGGAAUCAGUCUUUUUGAUAUACACUCGUCAUCCUUUUUCCAUGGUAGCUCCCCGGCACAGCUUCAAGGAAUUUCCAUCACAGUCGAUGUGCAAAUGGAGAAAAACUCCAUCAUCCGGGAGCUGCAGUCUCCAAGUCACUCUAUCAAAACCUUCCUCGGUCGGACAUCUUCCACGCCCAAGGAUAGCUUUUCAUUUGAGCCAUCUUAUGCAUCUGCCACUCUUCAACUCGCCAAGGACAACCAGCCUUUGCUGGAGCGCGACUUUGUUCUGGUUGCCAAAGCCGAUGGACUCGAUAAUCCUCGUGCAUUGCUGGAGACUCACUCAACUAUUCCAGGACAGCGUGCCUUGAUGGCUACACUUGUCCCAAAAUUCAACCUGCUCCCUGCCCAGCCAGAAGUCGUCUUCGUGAUUGACCUCAGUUGUAGCAUGCAUGAUAAGAUCAGCACCCUUCAGUCCGCUUUGAAGAUUUUCUUGAAGUCUCUGCCGCUUGGGAUCUGCUUCAACAUUUGCUCAUUUGGAAGCUACCAUUCCUUCUUAUGGCCAAAAAGCAAAAUCUAUGACAAUUCGAGCUUGCAACAGGCUCUACUCUACGUCGCCAGCGUGGCUGCUAACAUGGGUGGCACAGAGAUGCAGCCAGCAGUCGAGGCUGUUGUGAACAACCGUCUCAAGGACAAAGACCUGGAAGUUCUCCUACUCACCGAUGGGGAGAUCUAUAACCAACAGUCUUUCUUUACCUUUGUCCGUAACGCCGCCGCCGAUAAUACUGCGCGCUUCUUCUCCCUCGGUCUCGGGGAUGCAGCCUCCCACUCCCUUAUCGAAGGAGUUGCAAGAUCUGGCAACGGAUUCUCGCAGUCGGUCCUUAAUGGCGAAGAACUCGAUCGAAAGUUGGUCAGAAUGCUGAAGGGAGCUCUCACGCCUCACAUCUACGACUACAAGCUUCAUGUGGAGUAUGAUAUCGUGGUUGGUGAUGAUUAUGACGUUGUGGAGAACAUUGAUCACCCCAUGCAGGACUCUGAGACCGAGAUUGAGGAUGAACACCCCAAAGCUCAAGCCCUUCAGGGACCCAUUUCGCUAUUUGAUGACAACUACAAGGAAUCUGACGCAGAACUUGGAGCCACCCGAAUCCCAGCUGACAUAACUCUUCCCAAGCUGUCACCUCCCAAGGAUCUUCAAGCUCCAUACAAGAUCCCCCCUCUCUACCCCUUCAUCCGGAGUACAGUCUACCUCCUUCUGAACCCCCAGUCUGCUGAUUCUGUCCCCAAAUCACUCACAUUCAGCGCCACCUCCAGGCAGGGACCACUGCAGCUACGCAUCCCCAUCAGUGACUUCGGUAAGGGCGAGACCGUUCACCAACUUGCAUCCCGCAAAGCAGUUAUCGAACUCGAGGAACUGCACGGCUGGCUGGAACAAUCGAAGGACUCAAAGGGAAAUCCAUUUACUCAAUUUCACUCUGAUACACAGAGACGACUCGCCAUCCGCGAAUGCCAGGCUCUGGGAAUCAAAUACCAGGUCACAGGCAAACAUUGUUCGUUCGUUGCUUUGGAAGCUAGCUCUACCUCUAAAAAUGAUCAAAAGAAGCAGCCGGUAGAGUUUGAAGCCGAGACCAUUCAUCAAGGUGCGUACCAGGGGGUUCGACAGCCAAUGUUCUCCUCGCUCUUCGGAGGUGGUGGGAGUGCUCUGCAGUCUAGAGCACCCACACCGAUGAUGCACGGUGCCUCCUUGUUUGGUCAACCUACUUUUGGUUCUUGCUUCGGAGUCCCCUCAGUGCAAUCCCACAGUGGGUCCGCCGGUGCAACUCCUUUUGGCAGUGCAACUUCUUUUGGCAGUGCAGCUCCACCGGCACGAUCGGUAGGCCUUCUCGGCCAAGCACAGCAAGAACAUGCCUCAGCGGCUGGUACCUCUCUUUUCGGUAGAACUAAUGUGCCUCAAAUAGGCAAUCAAUCUGGCGGAAGUUUUCCAACAGGUUCCGCUAAAGCAGGCAGACUUUUCGGCGGAAGCACCCAUGCACCUCCCUCAACUGGCUCAUUCCCAGGUAAUCCUUUCAACAGACCGGCUCCUCACCCCGCACGAUCCUCGGGUGGCCUAUUCGGCGCAAGCCAGCCAGGUAAUGCAGAUGCUGGUACUAACCAAUCCAAAGUCUCUUCCCUGAUUGACCUGCAAACCUUCCAAGGAAACUGGGAACUCAACCAGGAACUCUGUACUCUUCUUGGCUGUGACCUGGACCUUGUGUACAACAGAUUCCUCAGCCUCAUCCAAAAAAAACACGCCACCGCUAAUCUUACCAAUGCCCUUGCUACCAUCAUGGCAAUGGGAUUCGUAGAGCUCAACCAUGCUGACUCAAGAAGCGUCUGGGAGCUUGUCUAUGACAAGGCUGAGAACUGGCUGAACAACACUCUGCCUGGGCUAGGUAUGGCUGGUGCUUUUCUUGACGCACACAAGGUCCAGAUCAACUCUCCAGAAUUUCUCAGGUAA